AUGAAUUUUACUACUAUGUUCAAUAAUUCAACAAAUAUUAAAGAAAGUUCAAAAUCAAACACAACAGCAAAUCUUCAUAUUGAUGAAGAUUGGACUGAUAACGCAAUACAAACUAAAAGCGAAGUUUGGAUUAAAAUUAGAAGAAUUGCUUAUCGUUUAAUAGUACAGGAAAAUUUUCGUUCAAUGUUAUUAUCUGUUUCAACAUUUCAUUGUGAAUUACUUCAAGUUAUUCUCGAAACUGAACAAUUAAUCGAAGGAUUUAAAGAAUAUACAUUUUGCUUACAAUUACAAUUAAUACAUAAAAUCAUGAUAUUAAAAUGUCCACUUGAUUAA